UAGUCGAGAUAGUCGAGACAUCGGGUAUCUCCGUUCUGAGUCCUUGGGAGUCAAUAUUGGAAUCCUACCUAUUUGACACAUUGAACCGAUAUGCUGGAUGGAUGCAUUUCUUCUACUGCAACACUGCAACACUGCGAGAUAAGAUUGAAGGAGUGAAGUAGUGGUAAAUGACUGAGAAUUUGUAGAUUGGCAGGUCGGUUGUGUGCGGGUGCUUAAUUAGCCUCGAGUCUCUUUGUUUAAAUAGCGUUUAUUAACACAUGGAGCCAGCUUUACUUCUUUCGUUCAUUACUCUUUGUUCAAUAUGUCUUGAAAGAGUACUUCAACUAGAGAAUGAAUCUCUCUCAGAAAACGAACCUUCCCCAGAGAAUGAACCGCUCUCAGAAUCUCAACCUCUCUCAGAGUCUCUUGUCUAGAUUGACAAUACUUACUUUACCGACAGAGAGUUUAAAAUUACAGAUCCAGCCUUCAAACACCCGCAAUCGAAUUGCCGUUUUGAAACCCAACCAAAGUUAACGCAUUCUUCUCUCACCUCUCAUCCACCACAAAAUGUCAACCCGUUCCUCCCCCUCUCCCAAUACCAAAUCCGACACCCAAUGGCUCCACGAUCUCGGCUACCCCACCGGCCUCCACUCCUUCAAACUCGACUACGGCUUCUCACCCGACGACGCACAAGAUCAUCUCGAUGCUCUCAUCCUCUUCCAUCAAUUCCGCGCCGAACAGCAAGAAAUGUGGGAAAAGAGGCAUCCUUCGUGUUCACAUUUACAUUCUGCAAAAACAGAAACGAAAGCUAAUGCAAAAUCGACUGCAAAAUCGAAAUCAGAACUAGUAAUCAGAGAAACACAUACUGGUGAUACCGGUACGAGAACGAGUAUAUCUGUAUUUGCCUUUGGAGAAUCAACUAGUGAAGAGGAUAAGAGAGAAAAGGAUAUGGACAGAUGGGAGUAGAGAGUAGAGAAAUGAGGUCGGGGGGGGGGAUUAUCUAGUUUCACAAUAGCUACUUAUGUCUACACAUGAUGCUGCUUGGUAUAUUCACU